AUGGCACGAAAAACGACAUGCAUCGCGGUCCAUGCAGCUCUUACGACAAUUCUCCUCGUUGCCACCUCUGUCAUCUCCGACGAUGCAACGCCGAUUCCGGCCGACAAGUCACAAGUGAACUCCUGGUUUCAGAACAACGUCAAGUCGUUCGCAGCGCGCAAGGGUACUCUAGACCCUGCACUUGUGAAGGCCGAGGAAGCUCCAAAGGUUAUUACGGUUUCCAAGACUGGAAGUGGAAAUUUCAAGACCAUCUCCGAUGCCGUCAACAGCAUUCCGGCGGGGAACACAAGACGUGUAAUUGUGCGUAUUGGAGGCGGACAGUUCAAUGAGAAAAUUACAGUUCCCCGGACGAAGCCGUUUGUUACUUUUUAUGGGUCGCCAAGCAGUAUGCCAACUUUGACAUAUUCCGGCAAUGCGGCGCGGUAUGGAACCGUGGAUAGUGCCACCUUGAUCGUGUUCUCUGAUUACUUCACCGCCGCAAAUAUUAUUAUUGUGAAUUCUUCACCAAGGCCUGAUCCGAGACAAAAGGGAGGUCAGGCGCUUGCAUUGAGGAUAGCCGGCGACAAGGCUGCCUUGUACAAUUGUAAAAUCAAAGGAUUUCAGGACACCGUCUGUGACGACAAGGGCAACCAUUUCUUUAAGGACUGCUACGUUGAAGGCAGUGUUGAUUUCAUAUUUGGAAGUGGCAAAUCUCUUUAUUUGAACACUGAAUUACAUGUACUUGGGGAUGGUGGAAUCACGGUGAUCACAGCACAAGGCAGGCAAUCUGCCUCGGAAAACACUGGAUUUUCGUUUGUACAUUGCCGCGUAACUGGCACCGGCGAUGAUACGUACUUAGGAAGAGCAUGGAUGUCCCGGCCCAGCGUGGUUUUCGCGUACACCACCAUGAGCAGCGUUGUCAAUGCCGCCGGAUGGAGCGAUAACUUCCACCCAGAACGCGACAGCACUGUUUACUUUGGAGAAUACAAGAACUCCGGACCCGGUUCAAGUCUUUCUAAACGCGCCAAGUACGGCAAGCGAUUGGGUGACAUUGAAGCCAAAAAAUUCCUCAGCCUUGUCUAUAUCAAGGGUUCCUCAUGGUUGCUUCCUCCUCCAUCGAUGUGA